AUGUCGGCAUCUUCUUCCUAUGUCUUUGUUUUGAAUCGUUCGGGAGCCGAUGGUCAGCCAGGAGCGGAUGGGACCAAUGGUGUUGCUGGACUUGGAGGUCGUAAUGGACUCAAUGGAAUGAAUGGUGGAAGAGAAGAAUCACGAAUGGAUGGUUUUAAAGGCCAAGAUGGCCAACCAGGAACAAAUGGUUUGAGAGGAACAGACGCCAGUAAUGGCCAAUCCGGACAAAACGGAGGAAAUGGAAAUGUCAUUAAGGUGAAACUCAUUGGAGAUUCGAAUCAAAAAAUUCUCGUUCAAGUCAACAAUGCUCAAGAUCGAUACAUUUCCAUUCCUGAUCAUUCUCAAAAGGCUAUUUUACUAGUUGGAAACGGAGGAAAUGGAGGUAAGGGAGGAAAUGGUGGACAUGGUGGACCAGGAGGAGCAGGAGGUGAUGGAGGUUGGGGAGGAGUAGGAGGACCUGGGCAAGAUGCCUCACAAUGGAGUAUUGGUGGCAGUGGUGGUCCAGGUGGAAAUGGUGGGAAAGGAGGUGAUGGUGGAAACGGAGGAGCUGCAGGUCAUGGAGGAAUGGGAGGCGAUGGUGGAGAUGGUUCCAUCAUUGAGGUUGAAACCUAUAACCCUGGAUUGUUAAAAUUUGUCACCUGUGAAUGUAGAUCUGGAGUUUCAGGAAAAGGAGGAAGUGGUGGACAAGGUGGAAAAGGAGGAAGUGGUGGUAAUGGUGGACCAGGAGGAGCAGGAGGUCCAGGAGGUGCUCAUUUCAUGUUCACCGAUCAAAAUGGUAUACUUUAUUGCAAUCAAGGAGGUUUUCCUGGAAGAAUGGGAAUGCAUGGAGAGACUGGAGCAUGUGGUUUAAAUGGUGCCGAUGGAACAAAUGGAAGAGAUGGCAGAGAUGGAAGACCAGGUCAAAUCAUUUUCAGAGUGCUUGAUCAAUAUGGUCAUGUUUUGGAAAGUUCAGACAAUAUUUAUGAUCUGCAAAUCGAUUCCUUUGCAAUCAUACCUUGUGGAGUUCAUACUGAUUAUUUCCAAAUCAAUGAGGACGAUGGUAUUUUAGAACCCGGAGAAACCAUUUACAUUUGUGACAUUCAAGUUCAAAAUGUGGGUGGAAUGACUCUUCCAGAAAAUACCAUUCUCAGUGCACCAACCACAAUGCCAUCGAGUCGAGAAAAUUAUCAUCCCUUUGUUGCAGCACAAGGUGUCGAAAAUUGCUGUACUCUUCCUGCAAUUCCAAAAGGUGGAUUAUUUAAAGUACCAUCCUAUCUGAAAGGAUAUAUUGCAGCAGCUUCACCUCCUGAAUUUGUCAACUACAACUACUUGACUGGUUAUGAAAAACCUCCACCUGAUCGUUUCAAGAAGGAAAUGAAAAUUGAGACUCUGGGAAGCGUCUUCAACUCACCUUUUGAGAAAUCCAAAUGUUCGAGUGUGUUCACAGUUCAGUACCCUAUUCUCAUUGAGACCAUUAUGGGUCCUUCUCAAUUAGGAAAAAAUAAUGACACCGCUACUGUGACCAUUCGAUUUUCAAAUAUUUCUAAUUUAGAUUAUGGUGCCUCUGUGAGUCAACACAAAAAACUCUCCUUCUCGAUUUAUUUCGAUAACAAAUUCAUGAUUUUGAAUGAGAGAAACAUUAAGGAAAGAGACAAAAUGCAAUGCGUUCAUGAACAUAUUGAACUGAUUCAAGCGAAACGAAGUUACGAAAGACAUUUUCUUGUAUCCGUUCAAAACACGUCCGAGUACUUUGAGAGACUUCGUAUUUCAGCACAUCUCUUAUUGAGAGAUCAAACGAUUGAAAUUUCUGAACAUUUCAUUCGUGUCUCUCCUUCCUAUCAACCAUGUACAAAUACUGUUGAAAAUCCUCAUGAUAUCUUGUUUAUUACGGACAAUCAUUUGUCAAGAGUCGAAUAUUUGAGAUAUAUGAGAUUAUUCGAAGGCUGUGGUCUUCGUGUCAAUUAUUGGGAUAUUGAGAGGUAUAACGGUGUAUCCAUGGAUGCCACCAAUGGCACAAGACAUGAAUUUUCAUGGACCGAUAAGAACAUGUACCAAGGAAAAACUGUCAUAUUCCCACUUCCUGAUGAAAGAAGUAUCCACUUGUUAAAUCCCAGAGAUCAAUUUUCAGUGUUGAGAAAUUUGGGAGAAGACACCAAAAAUGUUCGCGGUGGAAUUUUACUAUUAGGAAAUUUAUCGUGUGAACAAAUUAGAGACUUUUUAUUUGCAUCGACAGAUUCGAUUCAUUUACCAGAACAGCUGUUGACUGAAAGAUUUUUCACUCACAAAGCUACGUAUGAAGAUUUAGAGAAAAUAUGCAGCAAAUUCAUUCAUGAAUUGGAAGAAGAGAAUCCAUCGAAAAUUUACAAGUUACAUGACGUGAAAUUUGAACCAUCAAAAACUGGAAUUGGAAAAUAUUUAUUAGGAUCAGCUCAAUACUCUGUGCUUCCUUGUAGCGCUUGUGACAAUUUAUACAGUAUUCAAGUGGAAGACCGUUCCUCUGAAAAUUAUUUGUGCAAAGAUAAUAUUGCCUUUACUGAAACAAAAUUUUCUCUUCAGUCACAUUGUGCAACGACCUUAAUAGGAAUCAUUUUCACACUUUCACCCCAGAGAAGAGUGGAAAUAUUAGCAAACCCAAAUUUGAAAUGUAAAAGUGAGCAAUGGAGUAUUAUCAAGGAGUAUCAAGAACGUGAAAAGAAACUUUUAGUCACCAAGCAUCAAGAAUAUUCCAUCUAUGACAUUAUUGCAUUGUCUUUCUAUAAUGACAUGCAUCAUGAUGUCACUUACAAGGAUAUAUCUACCAGCAUCAUUGCUCCCUUAAUUAUGGAGGCUUUUGAAAAGCGUUUAGUUGCUUUUAAAGGGAUGAAUUCGUUUGAAAAAGUCAAAGUGGCACAAUGCAUGUGGUAUGCUUUCAAACACAUCAAACAUGAUUUCAAAUGGACAGCAAUUUUCUCUUCCAUGAAAAAUAAGACGAAACAAUUCAAAGAACUAUGCUCUCACUUGGAGGAUUUAUUAUUCAAGAAUAUUUUAACAGAGAAGGAGGACAAAAAGAUGGUGAAAAAGCAAGUGAAAUUGCUUCUUUGUUCUAAUCAUUAUUUGAUCAAGCUCAACAAUUUGAAAAGACCUCUGCUCACUCCAAGACAAGAAGAUAUGGAAGAGGAUCACAAGGAAUCAAAAUCUAAAAAUGGUCUAGUUGCUACAAUUAACAUGCAUUCAUCUCUCGAAGCACAAAACAAUUCGAAUGGAGGCUUUCAUUUGGUUUAG